AUGGAUGCUCCCCCUGUCGUCAACAAUAACCUCUCUGCUAAGCUGCCCGUGGAGACAACACACAGUGCAGCUGACGACGGUAACUCUAUAUCAGGAACUCAGCAGGUCGAAAUCGAAAUAUACGAAAAACUUAGAUCCUAUCCGUUCCACGCGGAUCGCGAGUUUGCAAAAGGCCUUGCGAUUAUCCUCGGUCACCCGGAUACCCCUGCAACUGAAACAGAGAUCGGCCGCAUCGACGACCUUGUCUUACAAGCCAAAUGCUUCUAUUUUUCAAGAAAAGAGAAGCUCACACAAUCUGUGAACUUUGCAGCCUAUAAGGCGUGGUUGCAUGCUGAAAUCUUGUCUGGAAAUGAGAACACUGGAGCCACGCCUCAGCAGCAUAGUACUCCAUUAGCGGACACACGUAUUUCAGCGGAUCAUGUCAAACAGACAUCCAUACCUGUUCAGGAACCUACAUACCCUUCCUCCUUCGCCCACAUCGUGGAGCUCAUCACGACUGGCCAACCAGUCCCUGGUAUUCAGCAGAUACCAAGCACUAUAUUAACAGGCCAUGACACACCAAGCACUAAGCCUAGGAGGCGGAAGCCUUGGGAAAAGGACGAAGUUGGCGAAACUCCUUUGACCUAG